GACAAUGACUGAUUUUUUUCCACCGCAGAGCCGCUAUGAAUUUCUCCACACAAGGAUGGGACUGUUUAGGCGCUCUGGGCACCGCUGCUGGGGCGCUAGUGUAAACAGCCCGAGGGGCACGGUGGCCGGGAAGCGGGCGCCCGGUGUUCCCGCCGGGAGGUAGGGCGCGGGCCGGGCCAGGCUGAUCGCCCGGGAGCGCCAUUGUGAUGAGGCGGGAGGGGAGGAGCCGCCGGGUCCCGGCUAGAUUUAGAUCCCUCGCUCGACUGGCGGGCGCGCCCAGUGCAGACUGCUGAACUCCAGAGUCAGGGAGACACCCGGGAAGAGGUGGAGGGCCACACCCCGCAGUGCCUUGCCGACUGCCUCGAGAGCUCGCGUUGCCCGGCGGACGCCGCUGAGAUGCUGGGCCCCCUGCUCGUGACAGCCGCCCACCUGGUCUGCAUGUGGAGCUCGGUGCUGGCGGCGGCCCCCGGGCCCAGGUUUCUGGUAACAGCCCCUGGGAUCAUCCGGCCAGGAGGAAACGUGACUAUUGGGGUGGAACUUCUGGAACACAGCCCCUCACAGGUCACUGUGAAAGCGGAGCUGGUCAAGAUGGCAGCCAACCUCACCGUCUCUGUCCUGGAAGCAGAAGGAGUCUUUGAAAAAGGCUCUUUCAAGACACUUAUUCUUCCAUCACUACCUCUGAAUAGUGCUGAUGAGAUGUAUGAGCUCCGUGUCACUGGACAUGCUCAGAACGAGGUUUUAUUCUCCAAUAGUACGCGCUUAUCCUUUGAGACCAAGAGGACAACUGUCUUCAUUCAAACAGACAAGCCCCUGUAUAAACCAAAGCAAGAAGUGAAGUUUCGGAUCAUUACCCUCUUCUCAGAUUUUAAGCCUUACAAAACCUCUUUAAACAUUCUAAUUAAGGACCCUAAGUCCAAUUUGAUCCAGCAGUGGUUGUCAGAACAAAGUGAUCUUGGAGUCGUUUCCAAAACUUUCCAGUUGUCUUCCCAUCCAAUACUUGGUGACUGGUCCAUCCAAGUUCAAGUGAACGACCAGACAUAUUAUCAGUCGUUUCAGGUUUCAGAAUAUGUAUUACCAAAAUUUGAAGUUGCAUUGCAGACACCAUUAUAUUGUUCUUUAAACUCUAAGAGUUUAAAUGGCACCGUCACAGCAAAGUAUACAUAUGGGAAGCCAGUGAAAGGAGAUGUAACACUUACAUUUUUACCUUUAUCCUUUUGGGGUGUGAAGAAAAAUAUUACAAAAACAUUUAAGAUAAAUGGAUCUGCAAACUUUUCCUUUAACGAUGAAGAGAUGAAGAAGGUAAUGGAUUUUUCAGAUAGGCCUUCUGAACACAUGUACCUGUCUUCCCCUGGGCCAGUAGAAAUCUUAGCCACAGUGACAGAAUCUCUUACAGGUAUCUCUCGGAAUGCAAGCUCCAAUGUGUUUUUCAAGCAACAUAAUUAUAUCAUUGAAUUUUUUGAUUAUGCCACUGUCUUAAAGCCAUCUCUCAACUUCACAGCCACAGUGAAGGUGACCCGCUCUGAUGGCAGUCAACUGACUCCCGAAGAAAGAAGAAAUAAUGUUGUUAUAACGGUGACCCAGAAAAACUAUACCAAGUCCUGGAGCAGAUGGGACAGUAUGGAUCAAGAGGCAGGGCCUAUCCAGGUCAUAAAUCAUACUGUCCCCGACAAUGGAGUCUUCAAGAUUGAAUUCCCAAUCCUGGCUGAUUCCAGUGAGCUGCAAUUGAAGGCCUUUUUUCUUGAUAGUGUGAGUAGCAUGGCAGUUCAUGGUAUGUUUAAGUCUCCCAGUAAAACAUACAUCCAGCUGAAAACAAGAGAUGAAAAUAUAAAGGUGGGAUUACCUUUUGAGUUGGUGGUUAUUGGCAACAAGCAGUUGAAGGAGUUAAGCUAUAUGGUAGUGUCCAGGGGGCAGUUGGUAGCUGUAGGCAAGCAAAAUUCAUCAACCUUCUCCUUAACACCAGAAAAUUCUUGGGCUCCAAAAGCUUGUAUCAUUGUGUAUUAUAUUGAAGAUGAUGGAGAAAUUAUAAAUGAUGUUCUAAAAAUUCCUGUUCAGCUUGUUUUUAAAAAUAAGAUACAGCUGUUUUGGAGUAAAGCUAAUGCUGAACCAUCUGAGAAAGUCUCUCUUAGGGUCUCUGUGACACAGCCAGACUCAGUAGUUGGGAUUGUAGCUGUCGACAAAAGUCUGAAUCUGAUGAACAUCUCAAAUGAUAUUACAAUGGAAAAUGUGGUCCAUGAAUUGGAACUUUAUAACACAGGAUAUUAUUUAGGCAUGUUCAUGAAUUCUUUUGCGGUCUUUCAGGAGUGUGGCCUCUGGGUAUUGACAGAUGCAAACCUCGUGAAGGAUUUCAUUGAUGGUGUUUAUGACAGUGUCGAGUGGGCCGAGAGGUUUGUGGAGGAAAAUGAAGGUCACUUGGUAGAUUUUCAUGACUUUUCCUUGGGUAGCAGUCCUCGUGUCAGGAAACAUUUUCCAGAGACUUGGAUUUGGCUGGACACCAAAAUGGGUUCCAGGAUUUACCAAGAAUUUGAAGUUACUGUACCUGAUUCUAUCACUUCUUGGGUUGCAACUGCUUUUGUGAUCUCUGAGGAUCUAGGUUUUGGACUAACACCUGCUCCAGUGGAGCUCCAAGCCUUCCAGCCAUUUUUCAUUUUUUUGAAUCUUCCCUACUCUGUGAUCAGAGGAGAAGAAUUUGCUUUGGAAGUGACCAUAUUCAAUUAUUUGAAAGAUGCCACCGAGGUUAAGAUCAUCGUUGAGAAAAGUGAUGAAUUUGAUAUUCUCAUGGCUUCGAAUGAAAUAAAUGCCACAGGACACCAGCAGACCGUUCUGGUUCCCAGUGCAGAUGGCGCAACUGUGCUUUUCCCGGUCAGGCCGACAUGUCUGGGGGAAGUUCUCAUCACAGUCACAGCGAUUUCACCUGCUGCCUCAGACGCUCUCACCCAGAGGAUUUUAGUGAAGGCUGAAGGAAUAGAAAAGUCGUAUUCACAAUCCAUCUUACUAGACUUGACUGACCGAAAGCUGCAAACUACCCAGAAAACUUUGAGUUUCUCCUUUCCUCCUGAUACAGUGAGUGGAAGUGAGAGAGUCCAGGUCACUGCAAUUGGAGAUAUUCUUGGUUCUUCCAUCAAUGGCUUAGCCUCACUGAUUCGAAUGCCUUAUGGCUGUGGUGAACAGAACAUGAUAAAUUUUGCUCCAAAUAUUUAUGUUUUGGACUACCUGACUAAAAAGAAACAACUGACAGAGAAUUUAAAGGAAAAAGCCCUCUCUUUUAUGAGGCAAGGCUACCAGAGAGAACUCCUCUAUCAGAGGGAGGAUGGCUCUUUCAGUGCUUUUGGAAAUGAUGACCCUUCUGGGAGCACUUGGUUGUCAGCUUUUGUUUUAAGAUGUUUCCUUGAAGCUGAUCCCUACAUAGAUAUUGAUCAGAAUGUGUUACACAGAACUUAUACUUGGCUCAAAGGACAUCAGAAAUCCAAUGGUGAAUUUUGGGAGCCAGGAAGAGUGAUCCAUAGCGAGCUUCAAGGUGGCAAUCAAAGUCCCAUAACCCUUACAGCUUAUAUUGUGACUUCUCUCCUGGGAUAUAAAAAGUAUCAGCCCAAUAUUGAUGUGCAGGAGUCUAUCAACUUUUUGGAGUCUGAAUUUGACAAAGGAAUUUCAGACAAUUACACCCUGGCUCUUGUAACAUAUGCGCUGUCAUCCGUGAGGAGCCCCAAAGCGAAGGAAGCUUUGAAUGUGCUAACUUCAGGAGCGGAACAAGAAGGGGGCAUGCAGUUCUGGGUGUCGGCAGUGUCCAGACUUUCUGAAUCCUGGCAGCCCAGCUCCCUGGAUAUUGAAGUGGCCGCCUACACGCUGCUCGCACAUUUCCUGCAGAAUCAGGUUUCUGAAGGAAUCCCAAUUAUGAGGUGGCUGAGCAGGCAGAGAAAUAGCUUGGGAGGCUUUGCAUCUACUCAGGACACUGUUGUGGCCUUAAAGGCCCUGUCUGAGUUUGCAGCCCUGAUGAACACAGAAAAGACGGAUAUCCAAGUGAAAGUGGUUGGGCCCCGCUCAUCCAGCCCCGUUAAGUUUCUGAUUAACACAGAGAAUCGCUUCCUCCUCCAGACGGCAGAGCUUGCUGUGGAAGAACCAACUGCAGUUAAUAUUUCCGCAAGUGGUUUUGGAUUUGCUAUUUGUCAGCUUAAUGUUAUUUAUAAUGUGAAAGAUUCUAGAUCUUCUAGAAUCCGAAAAUCUAUUCAAGAUCAAGAAGCCUUUGAUUUAGACAUUGCUGUUAAAGAUAAUAAUGAUGAUGUCAAUCACUUGAAUUUGAGUGUCUGUACAAGGUUUCUGGGCCCAGCUAGAAGCGGAAUGGCCCUCAUGGAAGUUAACCUCCUCAGCGGUUUUACAGUGCCCUCAGACAGCCUUCCCUUGAGCGAGACGUUGAAGAAAGUGGAGUAUGACGUUGGAAAACUCAACCUCUACUUAGACUCUGUAAAUGAAACCCAGUUUUGUGUUGAUAUUCCUGCUGUGAGAAACUUUAGAGUGUCAAAUACACAAGAUGCUUCAGUGUCCAUAGUGGAUUACUAUGAGCCAAGGAGGCGAGCGGCGAGAAGCUACAACUCCAGAGCGAAGCUGUCCUCCUGCGACCUCUGUGGGGACAUGAAUGCCUGCGGGGGCUGUGACCGCACAGUCUCGGCCUCCCCGCCUCACCUGGCCAUCAGCCUCCUUUGCUGCUUCAUACUUCUGUUCUCUUUGCUGUUUUGGCUAGGAUUUGCUUUCUAAGGACUCCAUGUAACGUGUUCCUUUCCAGAAAUCACAUGGGAUUGUCUUUUUUCCUAAUCAAAUAUUGCUUCUAUUUUGAAAAUCAGUGCUUUUCUUUGUGUGGGGUUAUUGGUGAUGCUGGGGAGGGGUGGUCCUUUGUAUAGCUGCUUAGAUUUCUUCUUCCCCUGACUUCUGUAUGGAACAGAAAUCAGAAUUAUUAUAGCUAUAUAUUUCAUUAUUUCCCCCUCCUAAAAUCUUUUAGGAUUUUUUUGGUAGGUGUUUUCUCCAGAAUAAAUAAUGUUAUUUUAGAAGAUUCUUUUUGUUUUCUAAAGGAAAUGAGCCUAGGCUCUUAAGCACUGCUAUUCAUCAGUGUCUGCUUUCCUGUCAUAGCUGGAGUUCUCCCUGGGAAAUGGGAGGAAACAUCUGAGGGAGGAGCUCAGCCUGAAUCUUUUGAGUCCAGCUGUACCCUCUCAUGACCCCUGUGGUUUCAGGACCUCCUUCUUGCUUUAGGAUGGAGGUGGUGAUUUUUUUGAAGGGAAAUGGUGUUGUUACACUGCAAAUGUGGUCACACAUCUCAGCCCUUACCCUUCCUCUCUUUUCUCUCUGGAGGGAAGCAGAGGGAGGCUGGGAAGUGCUUGGAGGGGCUGGGGACCCUCCUGUGCAUCCCCACAUGCAGCUCUGUUUAGGCUGAGGGCCAGAGAGCAUUGCAACAUGUGUCUUAUGUAGCUUGGAAGAGAAGAUCCUAGACUGGAAGUCACAUGCUAGUUGUGGAGACGCUAAGCCAGGGGUGGACCAAAUCCUGUUGCUGAGCGACAGACUGACCUCCUCCGUGGUCUGGGAGAGAAGCUGGGGUUUGAUGGGGAUCAGAGACAUAGAAAGAAGUCUGUGGCUGUGGCCAGGGUUCUGUGGAACCUUCUAGGCUCUGAGGUCUGAGUUUCAGACCAGGGGCGUCUAGUGCUUGCUCUGAAUCUUACAGAAAAUGCUUGAAAUUUGAGCAUCUGGGUCCUUGGUUGCUCUGUAUUCAGAAGGUUAAUAUUCAUUUAUCUGGGUGAAAUUUUAAAGAAAGAUUCCUUUCUUCCCCCUUCCAUGUUUUUCCUCUUUUCUCUCUUCCCUUUUCCUUCUUUUCCCUUCUUCCUUUCCUUUGAAGUAUAUUGAAAUAUUUUAGAUAUAUUAAAAACUUUAAAAAUCUUGCUCAAUCUAAAAAGUGGCUUAAUUUUGCUGCUGAACUCCAUAGCAUUUCUUUCAAGGAGAUGUGGGAGCAUAGUUGUCAUGGGUUCCAAAGAGACUUCAGGACAGUAUUUUCUACUGUUCAAAAAUAAAUCCAAGAGUAAAAUAUGCAAAUAAUAUAUUUUAAAAAGAAUGUCUUUAUUUUCAUAAAUUUAAAGAAAUUACAGUGGAGUAGAUGUCCAUGGAUUGCUUAUGGAUGUUUUGGACACAAAGGUAGGAAUUACUAACAUUCAGGUUUUUAAAGCCUGAAACCUGUGAGUAGAAAAUAGAUGUUUAGAGAGCAGUUAAAUAUCAAAUACAUAAUUAUCUUAUAUUUAUUUUCAAGUGGGAAAAAGUUUUUAAUUGUGGUACAUCUUUGAAACAGUGUGAUCUGAGAAAGGCACUUGUAUUUGGGCCCUCCUGUGUGGGGUUUUUUCUUUGGAGAUGAAAGUAUUUUACGGUGAGGUUGGAGGAGGGUAUUGGUCAAGGAUGCCCCAUCCUUACCCCACUGCCGGGGGUGCUCAGACUGAUCAUCAGUAGCUUAUGCUCUGUAGUGGGGGAUUGUAUUGCACUGUUACUGUAGAAAACACCAGAAUGGAAAGCCACUGCAAGAUAGCUUUUAGCCUUUUUGAGACCAUAUUUCCCCAUUUAAAAAUUAGAAUUCCACUGGUUUUUGUGAACGUUUUCAGAUUUUCAGGUUCAAAACUCACUGUGUAACAUAUUGUAAUACAUCUCUUUUUGUUAUAAAGACAUGAAAAAUAAGGAGGAGGAGGGGAUUGAGGAGAAGAAAGAGGUGAAAGAGAGGGUCAGCAGUGUGGCAGGCCAGGCCGGAAGGGCCUGGCGUGGGGUUAGGGAGGGGUGCUGGGCUGCCUACCUCCCUCAGGCCUCUCUGCGCUGCCUCUGCUGCAGCAGUGGCCUGGGGUUGAAAGGAUCCAGAAGCCACAGACACUGGGGAAAAGGAGGACCCAUAGCAGUAAUGACUAAGAACAUCAACUCUUUUCUUCCCAUGCUAUGAGGAAUAACAUUAGAAACUUCAUUUUACCUUUAAGUUUGCUUAUGCCGAAGCUUGUCCUUUAGAGGCCAUCAGUUUCAUUUACUGAUAGAAACUAAAGUCUCCCCUUCUCUCCCAUGGAAAGAAGACACUAGCAUAUGUCGCUUCCUCAUUAAGACACUAGCAUAUGUCACUUCCAGUUUUGAGACUAGAUAAAUGAUUUUUUUUCCAUUAUAGCUGGUUUACAGUGUUCUAUAAGUUUUCUACUGUACAGCAAGGUGACUCAGUCACACAUACAUAUAUAUAUUCUUUUUAUCACAUUAUCCUCCAUCAUGUUCCAUCACAAGUGACUAGAUAUAGUUCCCUGUGCUAUAUAGCAGGGUCUCAUUGCUUAUCCACUCCAAAUGCAAUAGUUUGCAUCUAUUAACCCCAAGCUCCCAGUUCAUCCCACUCCAACCACAAGUCUGUUCUCCAAGUCCAUGAGUUUCUUUUCUGUGAUAAGGUUUAUUUGUGCUGUAUAUUAGAUUCAAGAUAUAAGUGAUAUCAUACAGUAUUUGUCUUUCUCUUUGUGACUUACCUCACUUAGUAUGAGAUCAUUUCCAGUUUUGUCUGGCCAGCGGUUCCAGAAAUGGAACAUUGCUAAUAACUAGUAGGCAUAGAAUUCAAGGACAGAACAACGCUGUUGUACUUGGUUUUCACCAUCUUGCUACCUUUGGUUAUAAUUCUAAAAGAGAAAUUAAAGCCCAUUAAAAUAUGCUGAAUCAAUGAAGUGCUUUCAUUUAUUAUAUUGUUCUGUUAUACUUCAUGUUUUUAUUUUUUUAAUUUUUUUCUAGAUUCAUUUUAAUUUUUGCUGAAGCAGUUUGACCUGGUUUUCUUUUUUCUUUUUUUUUGAUAAUGAUUUUUAUUUUUUUCCAUUAUAGCUGGUUUACAGUGUUCUGUCAGUUUUCUACUGUAUAGCAAGGUGACCCAGUUACACAUACAGGUAUACAUUCUUUUUUCUCACAUUAUCAUGCUCCAUUAUAAGUGACUAGAUGUAGUUCCCAGUGCUAUACAGCAGGAUCUCAUUACUUAUCCAUUCCAAAUGUUUUUAAAACUAUCCCAACAGUAACAUCUUUGGUUUAGUGUUUUGGUUCUAUUAUAAUCUGUGGAGCAUUGAACUAGUAUAAAACCCAGAUAUACAUCCAUUGCCUAACAGUUCAUUACUUAUAUACACAAUGAUAGCAUAUUAUUAAAGAUAGCAUAUGUAUAAUUGAUAGAUUCUACAUGUGGGAAUCAUCAGAAAUAUAUAUAGCACAAUUCUCCCUGCUCCCAUUUUUUUUGAGCAUAGGUAUAAUUUUUUAAGGUAAUAUUUAACCAUAAUUUCCAUUUAUGUUAACUUUAGCUAUAGGUAGUUUGGUAAUAAAUGCUAAUUAUCUUUAUUUUGAUACAAUUCAGUUAUUUUGAUAUAAUUCCAUUUGAUAUCAUUCACCUUUUCUGGCUGUCCUAUGAUGUUUUAAAAAAAUUGAAGGUGUGACUUUUCUUUGUCAUUCUUUAAAGGAGCCAUUUUAUUAACCUUCUGCAUGUAAUCUGGAGUUAUUUGUAACAGGCUUACUUUCGCUAAUCUGCUUUAUCGAAGGAUAGUACUGAUUUCCAUAAGAACAUGUUGUAAAUACCUCCUUGACAAGGUUUCGUGACAUAAGGGCAGUACUUACUUGGAGUUUGUCAAGUGGCGACCAUGGGUCCAGGUGCCAUAAUGUAUUCUUAGGUGCAUCGUUUUCUUGCACUUUGUAAAUUUGAGACACUUAGAGUAAGUGGACUCACUCUUGGAUAAACCUCAGUAAAGCCUUCUGUUAGAAGAAUAUUUAUGAUUUUUUGUUUUGUUGUCAUAUUUCAAUAAGGCAUAGCACUUUUAAGAACUAAAAAUUUCAUAUCUAUUCAAAUGCUAUUCAUGUUAACAUUAAAUUCCUUAAGUUAUAUUGGGAGUAAUUUGAAGUGCAGUUAUUUUUUAUCACCACUUUGAAUAGUAGAUCAUUAUCCUACUUUCUUCAGGAAACUAAGCCACAAAUGUACAUUUUUAAAGUAAGUAUAUAUUGGGGCCAGCAGACUUUUUUCAAAACUGCCUCUAGCAAUUGUUUUGUGUUUUCUUGUGCCUCAUCAACAUUGUGUCAUUCCAUAAAAUGUUGCCAUUUCAAUUCUUGUAACACAGGAAUACAUGUUUCCUAGGUGAUUGCUGAGUUUCUCACUUCACAAGGUGCUUAUGCAUUGGUAUGUGUGUCUCUGUAAUAGGAAUGAUAUUGAUAUAACUACUACAUAUUUAAAAAUAAUUCUAUUUUCUCAUGGCCACGAUUCACCAUUCUUCUGCUGGUGUAUUGAAUCAAGGGUAGAGGAUAGGUCUGUGUUACAUUUAUAGAUCUUUAAGAUUGAUCUUUGAUAGAUUUAACAGAAUGUGGCUGCAUUCUGGUCCUUCAAGACUUUGUGUUUUGGAUUUAGUAGUAGGCUGCAGUUGAUCUGGUAGAGACAAUUUCUUUUGUACAAGAAAGCUUUGUAAGAUUUUAUUCAUAAAUCCCCUAUUUUGAGAAGCUGUUUUGUAUAUGAAAAGGAUACUAUUGAAAACACAUUAUUUUCCCAGAAACCAAAACUUUAUAUGUCAAACCAGGGUGAUUCCUAAUGUUUAAAUUUUAAAUGUUAGAGUGUUGCUAUUGUACUUGAGUGUGUAUUCAAUAGGAAAUCAUGGUUUAUCAAUAAAAAUGAAAAUUUCCAUCUG